AUGAAACGAGAGCUCAUCAUACGAAAGGCGUCCUAUUCCUGGUGGAGAUUGAUCAAGAAUCGAUCCCUUAGAACCGUGUUCAACCCAAAUAUUUUCGCAUGGGUGAGAACUCCCUUUGAACUGACGGCCGGUGGCGUGCCACUUCUUCGCAGCCACGAGCAAGUACAUCCAGGGACUUUCAAAGAUCGCUACUACAAUGAGCCAAGUCGUCCUUUGGUGUGCCGACAGUACCGCGAUGCUCAGAUGCCGGCAAUUUCAAAGUGGUUUCUACCUGGGCUGAAGUCACAAUCUCAUCCCGCGCUGAAAGUAGAAUACCUCGAACAAUACGGAGACCAUCUCGUUCCUGUGGAGGUGAGUCGAGGCGAGUGUUUUAACCGGACUAUGAUGCCAUUGAGUAUGUUCAUGAAGCUUUCGGCGGACGCACCGCAAGACACAAAUGUAUACCUUGCGCAAUGCCCAAUUGACGAGCUUCCGCCAGAAAUGCAGGCAGAUCUAGUCAAGCCCAAGAUGACAAAUUGGGGCGCAAAAGGCGAUGCAUAUAGCAGCAGUAUUUGGAUCGGCCGUGCACCUACAUAUACUCCAUUCCAUCGCGAUCCGAAUCACAACGUACUCGUACAACUAGCGGGGCGUAAGGUGAUACGACUUGCAGAACCAGAUGUCGGAGAUGCAAUAUACAAGCAAGCCAAAUCACGAGUCUUUCAAAAGGCAUAUAAGAUGGAUGCGCGUAUUCGAGGUGAAGAGAUGAUGGUUGGCAAAGAAAGAGACAUCCUAGAUAAACUGGUUUGGCGAGAUGACGGUACUCGGAAGCUUUCAGAGGAUCUUGAGUGUCUCGGAGACAUACCAUCUGAUGAAGCAAGGAUAUAUUGGAAUCGUCAGUCAGGAAAACCUCCUCCAGGAGCAACAGCCGAGGACGAGCAGCGCAUGCAAACGAUCGGUCUCGCCAAUACUCUCGAGACGACGAUCGGACCGGGAGAUGCUUUGUAUAUACCCAAGGGUUGGUGGCACAGUGUUAAAGGUCUUGGACAAGGCAUCGUGGGUUCGGCGAACUGGUGGUUUAGGUGA